CCGUGACCAUUUUGUACUGCUACUGCUCACCAGGGAAAGAGAUAAGAAAGGUGAUAAGAGCAUGGUGGUUGGAAUGUGGAUCAUCACAUUUUGUCUCCUUGGCGUAGUAGCAGGUAAAGAAGUUUGCUACGACAGGCUUGGCUGUUUUACAGAUGACCCACCAUGGUCUGGGAUACCAGGGAGACUCCUGACAGGUCUGCCUGACCCUCCAGAAGAGAUGAACAUCAGCUUCUCUCUUUACACCAGAGAAACAGGAAAUAAUUCACAGGUGAUCUCAGCGAUUAACUCCUCAACCAUCCAAAACUCACAUUUUUCCCCACGUAGAAAUACCUCCUUCAUCAUUCAUGGAUUUGGAAGCACUGGAAAAAAAGGCUGGGUGGUAGAAAUGUGCCUGCUGUUAGUGGAAGUGGAAAACACCAACUGCAUCGCUGUCGACUGGAAAGAAGGUGCAAAAGGCACCUACGCCAGCGCAGUGAACAACCUCCGUGUGAUCGGGGCUGAGGUCGCUUAUUUCAUACACACUUUACAGAAAAUCUUCAAAUAUUCCCCUUCUGAAGUCCAUUUAAUUGGCCACAGUCUGGGAGCACAUACUGCAGGAGAAGCGGGAAGAAGGAUCAGAUGCAUCAGACGGAUCACAGGUUUAGAUCCUGCUGGGCCCUACUUUGAAGGUUUUCCUCCUGAGGUGAGACUGGACCCUUCAGAUGCAGACUUUGUUGAUAUUAUUCACACUAAUGCUGCUCACUUUCCUGCCACAGGGCUUGGAAUGUACAACACCACUGGACACCUGGACUUUUACCCAAAUGGAGGAACCGUGAUGCCUGGAUGCCCUGAUUUAAUUCCAGAGGUGAAACAUGGUGAUUUUGAAGUGGAUGCUACAAUCUUUGGAGGGUGUCACCACUCACGCAGCCAUGAGUUUUAUUUUAUGAGCAUCCUCCAUCCCACUGGAUACCUUGGAUAUGCCUGUGAAACAUACGAACACUUUCAGUCUGGAGACUGCUUCCCUUGCCCCCAGGAGGGCUGUCCGAUGAUGGGCCACUAUGCUGACAGAUUUCCAGAUAAAUUGAAGAGGGUAAACCAAAAGUAUUUUUUAAAUACAGCAGCAGACCCACCUUUUGCUACUUGGAGACAACAAGUAUCUAUCAAACUAUCUGGUAUAAAGAAAAUGAGGGGGGACAUAAACCUAGUUUUCCAUGACAUGGAGGGGAACUCAAAAGAAUAUGAAGUCGCCAGUGGAGUCCUCUCUCAAGAUGAAGUUUAUACAAAAUACCUUGAUGUUGAAAUUAACCCCAAAAAUACUAAGAAAGUUGAAUUCCUCUGGAAUAAAAACAUAUUUACUCUGCUCUGGGCAAGGCUGGGAGCAGAAACAGUCAACAUAACUUAUGGAGAAGAUGGACAUAGGUCAACAUUAUGUGGCCGUGGAACUGUGACACAUGGAGUACCUCAGUUACUUACGCCUUGCUAGAGGUCACCAAGGACAGCUGUUCUGUAUUCAACAGCUGAGCAAACCACCAGUCCUGUGCAUGGGAAUGUUGGUGAAC